CAGGUGUCAGCCACAUGAUGCACGGAGACGGGUCAGGAGCAGUUGCUGCCCCUAGCCUCGUCAUUGUGAAGCUGCGGGGUCACGGUCCCGACGACAAGACCUCUGUGGCCGUGCAGACACACGACCUCUCCUUCGCCGGCUUCACAAACGGGAGAGGCCAUUGGCAAGCCUUCCCAGGCCGUGAGCACCUCUUCCCUGUGUCCACGACGCUCCCGUUCGGCAACAGCUACAGCGAGCUCAUCGGCGGCCUCGCCAACCUGCCCGACGUGCCGCUAGGGCGGGAGGCGAUGGUGGAGGCCUCCCGGUUGCUCUCCGCCUACCACCCGGGCGCCGACAUCGAGCCUGUCAAGCGGGCGCUGGCAGCGAUGCAGGUGAUGAUAAACGAGGUCCAGCGGCUGGAGCCCAUCCGCAAGACCGUCCUUGAAGGAUGGGUGACCGGCGCCCGCGUCGCCCCGGAGCACCUGCCCUACAUCGAGCACUGGGACACUAUGUCUUACGAGAUCAUCCACUCCAACCGCACACGCAAGUGGGAUGGGCCCUUCACCAAGAUGCUGGAGACUCAGGCCAACAUCCGCAGCUUGGAGGAGGCGCUCGUUGUGGUCGGACUGCUGCGGAAUGCCGACUUCGAGCAAGUGCUCAAGGCUCACGCCACCCCGGUCAACCUAGAAUGA